CUCACGUAAGGUUAGUUACCAUCUGUGAAGAGGUGACGUGUCCAUUAUCAUCUCUAAGGCAGUCAACAACAGAAUUUAACAGGGUCGUGUAUUUCAGUGUUCGUCAGCAUGGUACAACAGAUUAGCAUAGCGACACUACUGAUCAGUCUUUUAGGUACCUGCACUUCCGGAGGGCAGUCCUUGCACCAGACCGAGGAUAGGUUGUCUUAUCAUCUCUCUGUGCGCGCCACCGACCACCAUCGGUGUUUAAAUAUCAACGACUACAAACAUAUCUUCGACGAUGCUGUGCAACAGAACUGUGAGCCUUCCAUUGCUUUGUUCGAUAAACUGGACAAGAUACGACAACGUCACCACGAAUGUUUGCGACCUUUAGUGAUCAACAUUAAAAAGUUGAAUCUAAGUUCCUGUCAUUGUCACUCGAAUGGAUUUUCCUACAAUUUUGUGUCCGUGCGUAAUGGGCGUUUCCAAGAGUGUCGAAGAGACGAACACUAUAGAGCCGGAGUAGGGAGGUUUUUGACGGGUCGGGAAAACUUUCAAGAUGAUAUCGUCCAUUGUCACAGUCAACAUAUACUUUGGAGCACCCUGGAUUCAAUUCUCGCCUCUAGUACCCUUUGUUUUGAAGAUUUUAUCAUUCACAUGAGAGAGGCCUAUCACACCCACGGGGAGCCUCGCUGUCAUGGCGCCUGUUCCACUAUCACCACAGCGUCAACAAGUACAGUGGUUCCGGUUACUCAUGGUAGCAGUCAACAGCUCCUCAAUUCCACAGCCUCUGAACUUUACAAAGCAUAUCAAACUGGGGAGUGUCUUUCUCAACAUACAGUAUGGUCGUUUCUCCAUGGCAACUUGCCGAGUGGAGUGAAUAUGAACACAGUUAUCAACCACAUGGCAGAUCUAUAUCCGGAGGGAAGAGAAGGACACUGCGUGUGUACAAAAAAGUUUGACCUAGAGUUCCAUAGCUUUCGCCAUGAUGCUUAUGAGAAAUGCAUUCGACACCACACAUAUAGAGGUAUAAUCCACCAUCUACUCAACGUCACUCAUGCGUAUCCUCAGACCUGUCACUCUCACAUUGCUGGUUGGAAGGAUAUUGAACAUCUUCAUAAGAACGAUCCUACCUGCUUUUCAAAUCUGUUGUUCCACAUGCGAAGUUCUGUAAGACAACAAGGUGAUCCUUGCUCUUGUCAUGCAGUUACUACAGCGACGUUCAAAACCACUACACAAACUAGCCAUACCCCACACAGUCAGACCACCCACUCUGUAACGACCGCCGCCCCUAGUUCAGCAACUACCUUAAAAACAACGACCAGACAGACAUCGCCAUCUUCAACUGCGACUUCCGGCUCCUCUACAUCGGUCUUCACUAACCCAAUAUCAGGGGCUUGCAAGCCUUUAUCUCCACCAACGGAUGGACAAAUAAACUGUGGGGAUUCAACCAUAUUUUAUCGGUGUACAGCACAAUGUAAUUCAGGGUAUCAGUUUGACAAUGGAGACACCACCAUACAGAAGGAUUGUGAUCCUUUGACUGGGCAAUUCUUCUAUGGCUCAUCGUUUCCAAAGUGUAUACCAACUUGUAGCCCUGCCUGUCAAAAUGGCGGAACCUGUGUUCAACCCAAUGUCUGCUCAUGUGCUCCUGGGUGGGGGGGAACUUUCUGUGAAAGUCGUACUGUGGUUCCGGUUACUCAUGGUAGCAGUCAGCAGCUCCUCAAUUCCACAGCCUCUGAACUUUACAAAGCAUAUCAAACUGGGGAGUGUCUUUCUCAGCAUACAGUAUGGUCGUUUCUCCAUGGCAACUUGCCGAGUGGAGUGAAUAUGAACACAGUUAUCAACCACAUGGCAGAUCUAUAUCCGGAGGGAAGAGAAGGACACUGCGUGUGUACAAAAAAGUUUGACCUAGAGUUCCAUAGCUUUCGCCAUGAUGCUUAUGAGACAUGCAUUCGACACCACAUAUAUAGAGGUAUAAUCCACCAUCUACUCAACGUCACUCAUGCGUAUCCUCAGACCUGUCACUCUCACAUUGCUGGUUGGAAGGAUAUUGAAAAUCUUCAUAAGAACGAUCCUACCUGCUUUUCGAAUCUGUUGUUCCACAUGCAAAGUUCUGUAAGACAACAAGGUGAUCCUUGCUCUUGUCAUCCAGUUACUACAGCGACGUUCAAAACCACUACACAAACUAGCCAUACCCCACACAGUCAGACCACCCACUCUGUAACGACCGCCGCCCCUAGUUCAGCAACUACCUUAAAAACAACGACCAGACAGACUUCGCCAUCUUCAACUGCGACUUCCGGCUCCUCUACAUCGGUCUUCACUAACCCAAUAUCAGGGGCUUGCAAGCCUUUAGCUCCACCAACGGAUGGACAAAUAAACUGUAGGGAUUCAACCAUAUUUUAUCGGUGUACAGCACAAUGUAAUUCAGGGUAUCAGUUUGACAAUGGAGACACCACCAUACAGAAGGAUUGUGAUCCUUUCACUGGGCAAUUCUUCGAUGGCCCAUCGAUUCCAAAGUGUAUACCAACUUGUAGCCCUGCCUGUCAAAAUGGCGGAACCUGUGUUCAACCCAAUGUCUGCUCAUGUGCUCCUUGGUGGGGGGGAACUUUCUGUGAAAGUCUAUCAGGGGCUUGCAAGCCUUUAGCUCCACCAACGGAUGGACAAAUAAACUGUGGGGAUUCAACCAUAUUUUAUCGGUGUACAGCACAAUGUAAUUCAGGGUAUCAGUUUGACAAUGGAGACACCACCAUACAGAAGGAUUGUGAUCCUUUCACUGGGCAAUUCUUCGAUGGCCCAUCGUUUCCAAAGUGUAUACCAACUUGUAGUCCUGCCUGUCAAAAUGGCGGAACCUGUGUUCAACCCAAUGUCUGCUCAUGUGCUCCUGGGUGGAGGGGAACUUUCUGUGAAAGUCCUGAGACAAUGAAUUGUUCUAAGAUCCUGACGGUGACAGAACUGGCUCGCUUCCAGCAGCUGUACCCCCAUUUUAACACCGACUGUUCCAACAACAAUUCAGUGUCCAACCUUAUCAUGAGUGACCUCUGUGAUGUACCUGUCUCACAAUUUUGGCGUCCUGGACAACGGGUGGUCGAUUCGUGUGGUACACUGAGUCUGUACAGCGCCGUUGCCACAUUCACGGCCGGCGGCUACCCAGCGGACGGUUUGGCGGGGGUGUUUGUUGGAUGCACAAGUUCCACGAUCAAGAUUGCGACUCAGGAGUGUGGCGGUAAAUUUGAAAUCCUAGAGAUUUCCCGUCAUUCCAUUCAUCCUACAAGUUUUAUCCAUACUGCCUCCAACUACUUUACCGUCACGUUUUGAAUUACUAGAAUUAUGGAAUAAUUCAAUGAUCAGACAAAUCGCAACCUCUGGGAAAAUAAAAGUUAUAGAACAAAACAAAAA